AUGGCUAGACAGGUGUUUAAAGCCAUGAUAGAUUCUUUAGGAGGUCCACAGAGGGUGAACAAUGUUCUCACUACACUCAACUUGCCAUCCAUUUCCCACAAAAACCUGAAAGUCAUGGAGAGAAGAGCAGGAGACAUGAUUGAAGACUUUGCCAACAUGAGUAUGGAAAGAAGAGGGCGAGAAGCUUUUUCAGCUGAAAUGAGAGAUUCAAACCUUGUAGAAGAUGUAACAUUGGUCCCUCCAAAUGUACAAAACACACAAUUGAUUAGCACUAGUCAUGAAGAGUUAUCUGAAAAUACACGUACUUAUCCUGAAAUGAUAGAUGUAAUAGCAGUGUCACAGUCUAAAACCAGGUGA